AUGUCGUCCUGCUUCGGGAACAGGAAGCCACAGCGUGGCCGGGGAGCCGACACCGAGCCGCUGCUGCCCCUGUACGAAGAUGAGACCGCUCGCCAGCGCCAGUUGCACCAGAAGCUUCAUUCCUAUCAAAUGUUCAAGGCCCUAUCCGAAGGGUACAUGCCGUCGACAGAGCAAUUGAUCGCCAAUCUACGGACUCUUCUAGCUUCUGAUCUCUUCAACCCCGGCACUGACGAUUUGAGCCACUCAGGAAGACAGCUAGCCCGGGAUGUGAGGACCUUUCUGCGGUUGUUUAUCGAGAUCCUCCGCGAGAAGAACAGUGAAGAUCAAGUCCAGGAAUUCUUCUGGCAUCUCUCAAAAUCAAAGGCCUCGUUGGAUACCUCCGACCUCGCCAGCCAAGCGUCGCGUGCCAAGGCAAAUGCCAAUACACGUGCUGCGUAUGACAGCCUUCGCACUGUUGGAAGUUUGCUUCUCACAAAUGCCGAUUUUCGUGUCUUCCUCGACGACAUCGCCACCGUUGGCCGCCAAGUCUUCGCUGAUACUAGCUACUCCAUGUCAGAUACCGCCCAUAAAGUAGCAGAGGUUGCCCAGCCUUCGGCGGAGGAAUUGGAGCAGAUACAGGGCGCUGGAGCGGACGAGGGAAAACAUCCAACCAAGGAAAAUCUUCGUGAUGAGGUGAACAUAAUUGCUACCACUGCCGAGGAUGGCAUCGUCCGCGCCGGUCUCACGGCCAAGGAGAGCACGAAAGAGCAAGUCUCCGGGGAACAUAAAGAUGCCUUGAUGUACCGUCUAAAGCAAACGGUCCUGAAACUUCGAUCUCGAGAUGACUACUCAGACUCGGUCUCAACCAUCGCCACACUUGCCCAGCGAUAUGGGGCAUUCUAUGCGAAUGCUGCAGAGGAUACUAUUCACGCAUUGGAUGAAGAUGUUCAGGUUAAUGAAGACCUUAACAACGCUGUUGACCGCUUCUGGGCCUUGGUUCGUUCUUUCGGGGACGCCGAAGAGUGGAAGAAGUUGGAAGAUCGCUUCCACGAGGUCAUGAAGCAUUCCAACAAAGACCCAGAGUUUGAGUCGUUGAUGUCGAAUGUGGGCAAUUCUCUCCAAGAGGUACUGACCGAUCCCGAAUUUUUUGAUGCCGCCGAUGAGCGUUUCGACGAAUUGAAAACAAAGUUCAGCCACAUCGGGUCUGAAUCACCCCUGCGCGCAGACUUUGACGCGUUUUUACAGCAAAUUAAACUAACCCUGAGUAAAAUACCCCAAGACACUGCGGUGGCCAAGCUUGCUGCGGCUACGAAAAAGAUCUAUCACGACCUUUCGCAUGCAUACACUGACGGCACAAGCACAUUAGUGGCUGAUGCCGCUCAUAUCUUCCUCCCGCUACUGAUUCGCGGCAUUCAACGAAUUCCUAUUCCGAGACUGGAAAUAUCAGUCCCGGAAAUUGAUUUGCUCAUUGAGAACUUGAUUUUGGAGCCAGGGCGAACUGUGAACCAGUCGUCGUUCUUCCCCUACAAAAUCUUGGUUACUUCCAAGACUGACAUGGAGCUGGCCAAAGUUCAUUCCAAGAAAGCCCGGACAAAUAUGAAGACCGUCAUCACAGUUGGUUUGCAGGGAUUGAACAUCAGUGCGUCCGAAUUCGGGUACUGGAUUCGCGCCCAUAGCGGUUUAUUCUUCCGCUUUGGUGACGAGGGUAUCGGUAGCUUCUACCUUGACGAGCGAGGCAUCGACGUAUCUGUUGAUCUAGAAAUUGGCCGGGAUCGACUGGCCCAUUUGGUGACUCUUCGGGGUGUUCGGGUGCAUGUCCACAAGUUGGACUACAAGAUCAAACGUAGUCGAUGGAAGUUCUUGCUCUGUCUCGUCAAACCCUUCCUGAAGCAGCUUAUCCGUCGGUUACUGGAGAAGAAGAUCGCCGAGUCCGUGGUAUCUAUGGUUGUGACCAUCAAUCGGGAGCUCGUAUAUGCGAGAGAGCGUUUGCGUGCGGUCAACAUUGCCAAUCCGCAAGACUACAUGACAUUCAUUCGAGCCGUGAUGGCACGGCCGCAGCUCUAUUCCAACCCCGAAAUGCACCAGCGCUUUACUGCAUCCCCUCCAAAGUCUGGCCCGUUCAAGGGUAUUUACGCUCCGGGUAGCAUUGUAAAAGUUUGGCGAGACGAAGCUGUCCGAGCCCACGAUGCUAUCGAGCGGGGUGAUGAGGGAAGUGGUCUGGGGCUGACCUGGCGAAACGAGAUCUUUAACGUCAACGCAACGAUUCCAUAA